AUGCCAACACUCGAAGUGAUUGAAGACGACGAUUCUAAAAAGAGUCCUUUCUUGGUUCAAUCCAAGGGCCUUUCCAAGGAAGAGGAAGGAGCUCUUUUCGACCAAAUCGCAUCGGAAGUUGCUGCUGAUCCAUUAGCAUUUCAGCGUUUAACAACUAUUUUCCUGGAGCAAACGACAAAACAAGACUUCAAUACUGUAAAUAUUCAGCCUCAAGCUGGUUAUGUAUGCAAGACACACGUAGAGCAAAGCACACGUCAAAUUUAUAAGGUGGGCACAACUGUAUAUAUCAAUAUUUGCUAUCACUCGGCCAUUCCUGCACCACCGAUCGCCACAGAAGCCGAGAUUCAAAAGGCAUUGAAUGCGACAGAGGACGCUGUAUACAGGGUUCCAUUGAGUUUAGGGCAAUUGCGAUACGACGACAAGAAAUCGUUGAUUUUAGACGCAUGCAUCAACACACAGCCCUACCUGAGAAGCGAGAAAGACCUGGAUUUUCGGCUGUAUAUUCUAGAGCUGGCCAUGGAGUUUGUUGAGGGUUUUAUCGCAAAUCCGUUGAGCAGAGAAUUCACCAUGCCAAGCGCAAAAUCCAUUGGCAAGAUACCACCCAGAGUGCUGAGAUUGCCCAAGCCCUCCUUGAUGACAGCUAUCAAAGCACAGGUCAAUCCACAACCCAAGUGGCAGCUGAAGCCACAAUUGACCGUCGAUCAGGCAAAAGGAUUGUUGAUAGUCGUAAUUGAAAUGCCAGACAAUAAUUCCACCUCGUGGACAUUGGAUAUUACCUCGAACAAGAUUUUGUUGAAGAUAUCCUCUGAUUUGCAUACAAUUCCACUGAAACAGCACCAGGUUAUAGUGGAUCAUGAAGAGAACAAGGUUGAUUUCUACAAAAAGAGCCUUGAACUAGUGAUAGAGCUCAAGUUGGCAUCCAAGAGUCAGUAUAUUUGA